AUGCACGGUCCGGCAGCAGACCCCCUGGACCAGGGACAAGGCCCUGUAUCAGAUCCUGCCCUGCGUCCAGAGGAUGCAAGCAGUGCGGGCAAGCGUUUGCAUAAUAAUGCCGCCUUCCCCCCCGUCGUGUUUCCCGGAGGAAGAAACCCCUACCUUGACCGUCCUCUCCCUUCCCCGCCAUCUAAAACCGUUGCUGUCGCCGCCGGUGCCGCCAGCGCUGCAAGUUUCAUCAUGCAUGAGAGACCAAGGACGUCUUCAGGGCCCGGACCCAGCAAAGUGGCCGGCACGAGGCCCAACUUCGACAAACGACUUUCCAAGGACGACAUGGCCCUGUCGGGCCGGAUGGGCAUGGGCAAGGGAAGGGUUCUGCAACCGUAUGGGACUGACGUGAACGGUGCCAGAACACUUGCACGCGAUAUAAGCCCCCACAGGAUGCGGAUGGCUUCGCCGCCAGACAUGUCGCCGGCUCUUGGGUCCUCGGCUUCAGGGGAGAUGCCGAUUGGGAUGGCGCUGGGAAGUCCAACGCGGGACUCGAUGUUUGGUGGAAGUCCCUACGGAGGCGGGCCUGCCGGGUGGAAUCCGCAGCGGUCGCAGACAGAAGUUCAUAUCAGCUCCUCUCCGCCACGAGCCCCAGGCCCAGCGCCUGAACUACCAAUUCAGAGGACGAAGACGCAGAAGCGGCGGCUCUUCGGGUCACUGUUCGGGAGCAAAAAGCACUCCGAGCCACCCAAGGCGGCGGAAACCGUUAAGCCAAAGGGCAGUGGCUCGUCCGCGGCCGCUCCGGGACCCAGCGCGAAUGCUGCCCCAGCCAGGACCAACACUAUCAAACGGGCACCAAAGCACAAACCCAUAAUUAUCGCGUCGACUGAGCCUCCCUCAACCUCCACAGCUCGGGAAUCAGGCUGGCCAAGUGUCUCGAAUUCCCCUGCCGCAUCUAUUCCCGCAAGCGGCGCCGGAUUGCUUAGUGUGGAUAUCCCAGAUAUCAGGCUAGAGCGCUACAGCGUCAUGUUUAGCGGCGUGUUGAAUGAGAAGGAACAGGAUACUAAGUCUACACUGCUGGAGAGACGGCAGGCUACCCUGGAGAAACUGAAGAACAUCAGCGACAGGAUAGAAAGCGAAGAAGGGAAGGAUAGAACGAGACCGAGGAGGGCAACAUCCCCACAGCCUACAAAGUCGCCUGCCUUCUCACUCUUCCCCCACACGCCAGUUCGGCAAUCGAUAUUGCUCGCCGCCACAGAAGCGGGAAUGGUAUCGACAACGUCCCUGGCGCCGCCUCGUGGCCUCACGCGGUCCAACACGUCGCCGGGCUACAUCCCGUCGCCGUCGAGGGCACGCUUCGAGCCUGAAGCGCAGUCCGACUUGCCAGAGAAAGUCCCGCGGAAGGAGAAGAAAACAGUCACCAUUGUCUCGCCACGGAGCAUGGAGGAACGUAAUAGGGCUGCGCAGCUCGAAAAGCUCCGCGAGCAGCUGCAGGCACAGCACACGCAUCAACAGCGAUCUCAGCCGCAAGCCGCGGCAGACUCGGCAAGUUUGGGAGUAACAACAACAACUUUCUACUUCAACCAAAACGAAUCGAGCCUUAUCCUCGACUCCCCACAGAGCACCUCCCCCCCCUCCUUUUCUUCUUCCCUUUCCCUCUCCUCCGACUCCGACAACGACUCCCAACAUCGCAGAACCAGAACAACCACAUACACGCUCAACCCACCUCUCAAACCCGCCCUCCCGGAACCGCAAUGGGAGAUCAUCACCCCUCCGUCGUCCACCACCUCCUCGACCGACGCCUCCGCAACAACGACAGCAACAAGAACCUCCAUCACCUCCCGCGCCUCACUAGACAGCCUCCCCACGCCGCUGGCGCCCUCGGCACUAGGCAUCUCGGUGGACGAAGAGGACGCGGCGCUGAAAGCGGCGGUCGAGAUCUCGAUCGCGCGGCAGAUCAGCAUGUCGCGCCAGCAGCGCAUGCUCCUACGGCCUUUUGGCAAGGGCGGCACGGCCAUGUCGAGUGGUACUGCCAAUAGUAGCAGGAAUCUGGGUGGAGGGAUGGUGAGGGGAAGGAGUGCUACUGUUGGUGUUGGUGCUGGUGCUGGUGCUGGUGCCGGUGCUGGAAAGGGGGGCCGAGGAGAGGUUACGGUGGGCGUUAUCAAGGGGCGGGUGACGCCUGUCCUGGUUGGCACCGAGUACCGCAGGAGUGAGAGGGUUGUGUUGGAUGCCGUUGAGUGA